AUGAAGAGCCUGCUGCUUCUCUCCGUUCUGGCCGCCUUGGCCCUGGCAGCUUUGUGUUAUGAAUCUCAUGAAAGCAUGGAAUCCUAUGAAAUCAGUCCCUUCAUUAACAGGAGAUACGCUAAUACCUUCAUAUCCUCACAGCAGAGAUGGAGAGCUAAAGCUCAAGAGAGAGUCCGAGAACGCACCAAGCCUGCCUACGAGAUCAACCGGGAAGCCUGUGACGACCACAAACUCUGCGAGCGCUACGCCAUGAUUUACGGAUACAAUGCAGCCUACAACCGCUAUGCCCGGCAGCUCAGAGGGCGCAAAUGA